CAGGAUGCCCCGGCCCGCGGGCCGCUCCGCUGCCAGCCACCCCCACGGCCCCCGGCGGCCCGCGCUCGGCCGGGGAGCGCGUGAGCCGCAGCCAGAGCCGGAGGCGGGAGCAGCGAGCAGGAGCCCCGGGCCCCCCAGUGCAGGAUGCUCGCGGUCCCCGGUGUCUCCGAGCCACCACGUGUGAGGGCUUCUGCUCCGAGCCUGGGCCUGGCCCCCAAGGAGGAUGUCUCAGCUGCCGGCCAGCUCCCGUCUGCACCAUGAGUGAUGAGCGGCGGCUGCCCGGCAGCGCAGUGGGCUGGUUGGCGUGUGGAGGCCUCUCCCUGCUUGCCAACGCCUGGGGCAUCCUGAGUGUGGGAGCCAAGCAGAAGAAGUGGAAGCCGCUAGAGUUCCUGCUGUGCACGCUGGCGGCCACCCACAUGCUCAACGUAGCAGUGCCCAUCGCCACGUACGCUGUGGUGCAGCUGCGGCGGCAGCGCCCCGACUACGAGUGGAACGAAGGCCUCUGCAAGGUCUUCGUCUCCACCUUCUACACCCUCACCCUGGCCACCUGCUUCUCCGUUACGUCCCUCUCCUACCACCGCAUGUGGAUGGUUCGCUGGCCCGUCAACUACCGGCUGAGCAACGCCAAGAAGCAGGCGGUGCAUACGGUCAUGGGCAUCUGGAUGGUGUCCUUCAUCCUGUCCGCCCUGCCUGCCGUCGGCUGGCACGACACAAGUGAGCGCUUCUACGCCCACGGCUGCCGCUUCAUCGUGGCUGAGAUCGGCCUCGGCUUCAGCGUCUGCUUCCUGCUGCUGGUGGGCGGCAGUGUGGCCAUGGGUGUGGUCUGCACCGCCAUCGCCCUCUUCCAGACACUGGCUGUGCAGGUGGGGCCGCGGGCCGGCCACCGCGCCUUCACCGUGCCCACCAUUGUGGUGGAGGAUGCGCAGGGCAAGCGCCGCUCCUCCAUCGACGGCUCUGAGCCUGCCAAAACCUCGCUGCAGAUCACGGGCCUGGUGGCCACCAUCGUCAUCAUCUAUGACUGCCUCAUGGGCUUCCCCGUGCUGGUGGUGAGCUUCAGCAGCCUUCGGGCGGACGCCUCGGCACCCUGGAUGGCACUGUGUGUGCUUUGGUGCUCGGUGGCCCAGGCCCUCCUGCUGCCCAUAUUCCUCUGGGCCUGCGACCGCUACCGCGCCGACCUCAAAGCCGUCUGGGAGAAGUGCGUGGCCCUCAUGGCUAAUGAUGAGGACUCAGACAAUGAUACCAGCCUGGAGGGUGGCAUCCCCCCGGACCUGGUGCUGGAGCACUCCCUCGACUACAGCUAUGGAGGUGACUUUGUGGCCCUGGACAGGAUGGCAAAGUAUGAGCUCUCGGCCCUGGAGGGGGGCCUGCCCCAGUUCUACCCACUGCGGCCCUUGCAGGAGGACAAGAUGCAGUACCUGCAGGUCCCGCCCACGCGACGCCUCUCCCACGACGACGCGGAAGUGUGGGCCGCCGUCCCGCUGCCCGCCUUCCUGCCGCGCUGGGGCUCGGGCGAGGACCUGGCCUCCCUGGUGCUGCCCGCCGGGCCUGACCGACGCCGCGGCAGCCUGCUGGCCUGCGCAGAGGACGCGCCCCCGUUCCGCCCGCGCCGCCGCUCCGCCGAGAGCCUGCUGUCGCUGCGCCCCCUGGCCCCCGACGGCGGCCCACGCCGCGUCCGCGCCUCGCCCCCCGGCAGCCCGCGCCUCCGCCCCGGGCCCGGCGCCCGCUCCGCCUCCGCCUCGCUGCUGCCCGACGCCUUCGCGCUGACCGCCUUUGAGAGCGAGCCGCAGGCCCUGCGGCGCCCGCCAGCCCAGCCAGCCCCGCCGGGGCCCUUCCUUGACAGCUCGCGGCCCGGCGAGGACGCGGCGCCCCCUGGCGGCGGCGGCGCGCAACGGAGCCCCGGGCCGCGCCUGGCCGUGCACGCGCACGCGGGACCCCUGAGGACCGGCCUGAGCGCGUCGUGGGGCGAGCCCGGGGGCCUGCACGCGGCGGGAGGCGGCGGUGGCGGCGGCGGCGCGGGCAGCACCAGCAGCUUCCUGAGUUCGCCCUCCGACUCUUCGGGCUACGUCACGCUGCCCUCGGACUCGCUGGGCUCCGCGUCCUAGGGCCUGCCGGCGCUUCCCCACGCGCGCCCGGCGGGCCGGGCCGCCCGCAGGGACCAAAGCACCAAAGAUGCCACGCUGACCCAGGCCGGGUCCCGGGCAGCGCCAC